GAAGUAGCACGGAUUGCUCAUCCGAUCCGUGCAGCCGCAGCCAGUGUGUCAAGUUACAGAGGCGCCGGAAUCGGCCCCAGCGCUCCUCGGCAGCGGCCACGACCCACCUCUGCCCGUGGGGCCCUCCACGUGCACCCCUUCGCCCCGGGACUGAAACUGUCUCGCCCGGGAGACGGGAGACACCAAGGACAGACGGCUCAGAACCAACUCCAGGACUCUGCAGAUACUUGAAGGGAAAGACGGGGCGGAAAGGAGAGCCGGCCAGAUUCCCCUAACUUUCCUGGACUUGGAACGUUCUUCGAAGUAACUUUUUUUUUUCUUACCUGGGUGUACCCCAAUUACUGCUGGUUGUGUUUUUUCGGCUUUCCCCCUCCAGCUGCUAUUUUUUCCAUCCUCUUUGCCGGGAGCCAAGGAUAGGGACGUUUUCCAGCGACACAAGCCCUUUCCCCCUGCCCCGCAGCUUGGAUCGCGCCUUUGGACAGCGGCUCUCGCCUUUAUUUAUUCUAUUUAUUUAUUUAUUGGUUCUCAAUACGCGAGGGGAUGGUAGCAGAGCGCUCCCGCAAAGCGACAGCCGCCGGUGCCCGCGGCCCUGGGGAGCUGGACGCGCCCGGGACGGUGGCGCUGGCGGUGGCGCCGGCGGAGCGCUGCGCGCGGCUGCCGAGCCCGGGGUCGUGCGGGCUACUGGCGCUGGCCCUCUGCUCGCUGGCGCUCAGCCUGCUCGCCCACUUUCGGACAGCCGAGCUGCAGGCCCGGGUGCAGCGCCUGGAAGCAGACCGUGGGGAGCAGCAAAUGGAGCCGGCUAUUUUGGGACGAGUCAACCAACUGCUGGAUGAGAAAUGGAAGCUCCACUCACGGAGGCGCCGGGAGACACCGAAGACGUCUCCGGGGUGUCACUGCCCGCCAGGUAAGGAGCCCUGCGAAGGGACCGCUGCCAGCUCAGAGUGUGGCCCUGGCUGCCCGCUGUGGCAGGACACUCCACUGGACACAGGGGCCGAGGAGCCCUAG